AUGGCCGCCGCCCUGAAGACGCUCGUUGUGCCGCCGACUGCCGGCGGCUUCCCUAGUGCUACGGUUUUCCUGAUCCAUGGACUCGGUGACACGGCGCAGGGAUGGGUAGACGUCGCGCGCAUGCUUGGCCAGCAGCAGGCGCUGCAGCAUGUGCGCUUCGUCCUCCCGACCGCCCCGCUGCAGCCGGUGACGCUCAACAUGGGCAUGAAGAUGACGUCGUGGUUCGACAUUUAUACGCUCACCGACAUUGAAAAGGACGAGGACGAGGCAGGCCUCAUGCGCAGCACAAGCCUCAUCCGCGACCUCGUCAAGCAGGAGAUCGACGGCAGCGCGCCGGGCCUCAACGGCCACGGCGUGCCGAGCAACCGCAUCGUCGUCGGCGGCUUCUCGCAGGGCGGCGCGAUCGCGCUGCUUGCGGGACUUACGUCGCCGUCGCCGAUCGCGGGCGUCGUGGCGCUUUCGACGUGGAUGCCCCUCCGUGCCAAGAUCGAGGCGAUGCGCACCAGCCAGGAGCUGUUCCCGGUAUUCCAGGCACACGGCACCGCGGACCAGAUCGUCAACUAUGAGUUCGGCAAGGCGACGCACGAGGGCCUGCGCACCCAGCUCGGCUUCGGCAAGCUUGCCGAGUUUCACGAGUACAAGGGCAUGAUGCACUCGGCCUGCCCAGAGGAGAUCCGCGACCUGGGCCAGUGGCUCGAGCGUGUCGUGCCGAUCUGA